AAAUCCCUCUUCUCUUUAAUCAUUACAAAAUCUUACUGAAGAGAAAAGGGAAGAGAGCAAAAACAUGGCAGCUUCACGUAGCUCAUUGUUUCUGCCAUUGUCUCUGCUUCUUCUGAUUACUCUAUCCAAUGUGGCUGAGGCUUAUAGUAGUGCUAAGCUUCGCCCUUCAGAUUGCCAACCCAAAUGUAAGUAUCGUUGCUCAGCAACAUCCCACAAGAAGCCAUGCAUGUUCUUCUGUCUCAAGUGCUGUGCCAAAUGCCUAUGUGUCCCUCCAGGGACUUACGGUAACAGGCAAGUCUGUCCUUGCUACAACAAUUGGAAGACCAAGGAAGGAGGACCCAAGUGCCCUUAAGUUUUAGCUAUAUCGACCUUUUCUGUAUCUUUUUCAUGAAUAAGCCAGCCAGCAGCAAGCCAGCCAUUUCUUAUGUGUCUUAAGACAACUGAAGAGAUAUAAUUUUUAUGCUUCUUCACGGCUUUUGAUUGUAGUCUGGUUCAGUUAAAUAGGACUUAUUUAUGUCAGUCUAUUCUUUUAUGGAAGUGGAAAUUAA